AUGCAUGAAUCUUUUAUUGAAACAACAUCAAUUACUAGUUAUUGGCAAUUUCUUCGGAUGAUUAAUUGGUAUGAACCAUGGUUAAUUGCAUUAUGUGGUUUUCAUGUAAUUUGUUUAUUAAUUAUUAUUUUAACACGUGGAUAUUUAAAUAUUCAAAUAUUUAUUUUUCUUGGUCUUCUCUCAUGCAUCUAUUGUGCAGAAUAUAUUAAUCAAUUAGCUGCUGAAAACUGGAAAUUAUUUGCCGGAGAUCAAUAUUUUGAUAGUCGAGGUAUGUUUAUAUCAACGGUUUUAUCUUUACCUGUAAUUAUUAAUUGCUGUAUUAUGGUGGGAAUUUGGCUUUAUGAAUCAAUCGUUUUAUUAAAACUUUGUAUUAAACGAAUAAAAAAAAACCGUAUUGAACAAAAUAAUGAUACUGACAAAGAUAACAAGAAGAAAAAAGAAUAA